UGGUACAGUCCGUUUAAAGAGCCGCUCGGAGUCUCUCGUGCGUUGAACUCUCUCCACGAGAGCGCGCGGCAGAAAGAGUCGUUUAGUGAAGCACGCUGUUUUAUUCUGUCUUUACAGACUCUGUCUCUCACUCUGUCUUUCAGUAUGGGACUCUAAAUAUAUUUUCUCACCUUGUGGAUUUUAGGGGAUUUCUGCGCUUAUAAAAUAGAGGACAGACAGAAUGGGAUUUUAGUGUGCUUUAUGAUGCAGCAGCCGAUAUGACUCGCUCCGUGGGUUCCGUGGAUUCUCCCCGCAGGCGAAGAUCCAGAGAAUGAUGGAAGAGAACAAGCAGCUCGCGCAGCGGAUUGAUGGCGCGAUCCAGUGCGCGAAGCAGGAGGUGGCGAACCUGCGCGCGGAGCUGACAGCCACCGGCCACAGACUGGCGGAACUCGGCGAGCUGGAAGAACCGGGCGAACCGCAAGGACACCAGCUGCAACAACAGAACCAUCACGAUGCACCGGUGCAAAGACAGAAAGCUUUGACAAAGCUUGGUCAAAAAGGUGACGUUGUUCUUCAGGAGACGUCAUUAGAUAAAGUGCUGUUGCAUGAGGAGGUGGUGCGUCUGCAGGAGGAGGUGUCAGUGCUGAAGCAGGUCAGGGAGAUGUUGAAUCGUGAGCUGGAGGAGACGGGAGGAGGCUGCUCUGUGGAGCUGCUGUCUGUUUCACAGCUCCGCGUGCAGCUAACACAGAAAGAGCAGGAGCUGGACAGAGCAAAGGAGGCAUUGCAAGCAAUGAAGGCAGACAGGAAGCGUUUGAGGUUGGAGAGAACUGAUCUGGUGAAUCAGAUGCAGCAGCUCUACACAACACUGGAGAGCCGUGAGGAGCAGCUACGGGACUUCAUACGCAACUAUGAGCAACACCGAAAAGAGAGUGAGGAUGCAGUGAGAGUUCUGGCAAGGGAAAAAGAUUUGUUAGAACGGGAGAAGUGGGACCUACGCCGACAAACCAAAGAGGCCACAGAGCAUGCAAGUGCACUCCGAUCUGCACUGGACCUGAAAGAGAACAGGAUCAAGGAGCUGGAGGCUGAACUGACUAUGGCAAAACAGUCUUUGGCUACUCUCACUAAGGAUGUUCCUAAGCGACACUCACUGGCCAUGCCCACAGAGACUGUCGUCAACGGCAACCAAGAGUGGGCGAUGCAUGCAGAGCUUCCUCUGACUGCGGCGAUACGACAGAGUCAACAAAACCUUUACCACUCAAUGGACAGACAAGUACUGAAAGCAUCACCGUGCGUGUGCGAUGCUGACGGCAUCAGCAUGAUGUCAUCAGCCGCAGCCAGGAUCAGUCCGUGUCACUCUAAACAACCGUCAGUCAUCUCAGACGCCUCGGUGAUGGAGGGAGAGAGAUCCUCAACGCCAUCAGAUUCACCGCGACACAGAACACACUCCCUCUGCAAUUCUCUAGAGGAUCUAGAGGAGCAGAGACGCAGAAAGAAGAAAGAGAGGAUGGGUCUGGGCUCUCUGUCGAGGGUGUUUGGUCGAGGAAAGCAAAGAAAGUCUCUGGACCCCACUCUGUUUGAUGACUCCGACAGUUUAUCAAGCCCCGCCCGCCUCAGUGUGAGCCUAUCAGAAUGCGAGGAGCAUCUGGAUCGGCUUCAGCAGGUGGAGCUCGCGCGGAUGGCCCCCAUGUCCCGUUGGCGUGCAGGAACCGUGCAGGCGUGGCUGGAGGUGAUCAUGGCCAUGCCCAUGUACAUACGGGCCUGUGCAGACAACGUUAAAAGUGGGAAGGUCUUGUUAGUUCUUACGAAUGAGGACCUGGAGUUUGUUUUAGGUAUCAGUAAUUCAAUGCACCGCAGGAAACUCCGUCUGGCCAUUGAAGACUACAGGGAUGUGGAAUCAGGACAUGGCCUUUCUAAAGCAGCUGAUCUGGAUCACCACUGGGUGGCUCAGGCCUGGCUGACUGAUGUAGGUCUCCCUCAAUAUUCCCAGUUCUUCCACACUCACCUUGUGGACGGACGUCUCCUAAGUACACUCACACGCACCGACCUUGAGAAGCAUCUGCACGUGUCUAAAAAAGCCCACCAGAUCAGCCUGCUGCUGGGAAUACAGCUGCUACACACACUCAACUUUGACAAAGAGAUUUUGCAGUCUAGGCGAUCAGAGUGUGAGAAUCAGAACACAGACCCUGUAGUGUGGACCUGUCAUCGCAUCAUCAAAUGGAUCAAAGAGAUUGAUCUGAAGGAGUUUGCUGACAAUCUUCAGAGCAGUGGGGUUCACGGUGCCAUCAUGGUGAUGGAUCCCUCCUUCAGCUCUGACACCAUGGCAGCGGCUUUAUGUAUUCCAAGCAACAAGCACAUGGUCCGUCAUCACCUGAAUGAAGAGGUGAAGGCACUUGUCAGUGCAGCCAGGGCAGGGCUUGAUCAGGAAGUCGAACCUUUGGGGACUCCGCCCACACUUCACCGGCAAAGUUCUCUAAGCAGCUCAUCACCCAGCUUACAUGACGAUCAGCAGUCUUUAAGGAGGGUGAAGCAGCAGCUUGGUCUCAGCCCAAAGAAUUUCACUGGACGAAAGAUCAGUCACCAGAACAGAUCCGGGUCAUUUCCAAGGAAUGGACUUCAGGAGGUCUCGUUACAACGAGAGCGUUGCCCAGUUCGACAUUUUUCUGCUGCUGAGCUCACCAAUGUCUGAGUCAUUCUCCUGUUGAGAUCACUGAUGAAAAACAUGACACUUUCUUAAAGCUCCCAAAUGGGGGAUUUUCUUUUCUUUUUCAAGGUGAAUGUUGAUGAAAUCUCAAUGAAAGUUCACAUUUUCAGUCUCUGGACUCUCAGUUUGCCAGUAGGGGUCUUGGCUUUGCUUUGUAGACCUUAUGUUGUUGUUUGUGACUGUAGACUCAUUUGUCUCAAAGUGAGACAAUGUUAAGAUUCCAUUUGAAAGGGCACACACACUAAAUAUUUAUUUAUCUGUUCAGAUGUUAAAGAUUAUUGUCAUGUAAGGAAUGUGUGAGGAAGCAGGGUGAAGCAUCCUGACAAUUAUAACUAUGAUUUUUGAGAACUCCACAAAGAAAAUUGUUUUAAAGUUGGAUUUUUUUCCCCAAUAAAAUGAAUAUUUUCACAUUUAAUGUGUACAUUUUAGAAAACAGACUCUGAGAACAUUAGAUUUA